AUGUCCCCGUAUGCCGUUUCCGCCAACUCGCUCGCCUUCAUUGGCCCCGCUCACGCUCCUACGCUCACCGAGUUCUGCUACGUUCGGGUGCUCCACAUUGAAGGAGAUAGCGCGACGGUGCGCGUUGUGGGCCCUGAUGCCGUGGAGGAUGGCCACGAACUCCAGCUUCCAGUCGCUGAGAUAGACCUCCGCGUCGUCGAUGCCGCCGGGGCUGAACUCUGGCCCGGAGAUUACGUGGGACAACCCGUCGCGUUCGUUCAACCCAGCGGUCCUUCAACAGGCCAGUGGGCAUAUGGAGUCGUGAUCCGCUACGAGAUGUUGGCGGCCGGCCCAUCGCUCAGCGUGCUAGUCGGGCAGGAAGUUACUACGGUACGACUGUGUGAACCCCUUCGCAUCAUCAAGGCCGACCCGAUAACGUGCGCCCUUCAAGUUGGGGCGACAGUGACAGACAUGGUUCUCAACGCCAAGGAGCUUCUCGUGCAACAGAAUGCAGUGAUUAUGGCCUGCCGCAGGCGUCGAGGAGAGCUACCAGCGUCGGUGCAGUCCAUGCUGACAGUUCCCUUCAUACCCGAGGAAAUCGUGCCUCUCAUCCGCCCCCACGAUCUGGCAACGGUGCAAGUACGACGGCAGCACGUUCUCGAUUGCCUCAUGGGUCAGCGCAAAAAGAACGCUCUAGCCAUUUACAACGACCCGCAACUGCCACGUGCCGAUCGAUCAGGCCCCGGAGCUGCACCACAGCGACCCAUGUCAUCUCACAUGCCUGAUGACCUACUGAGUAUCACAAGCAAGGCAACGGAUGAUGAUAUCCAGGCGUUGCGCAAUCAGAAUCGUAUGCUUGGUAAGCGAUCAAGAGCCCCGGAACGGGAUGGUGCAUCGGCACACGACGAUCUUCUUGACUAUGGAGUUGGUUAUGGUACCGAGGACGACGAGCCUAGCUCAAACGACGAUGACAAUGAGCCCAGUCGGGGUGCGUUUCGACCAUCAGCGACCCAGCAGCGCCAACGAGUCCACGCCCCCUUCCUCGCCGUGCCACCCGUGUGCCGUGGUCUUCUCGACUUUGGAUUUGGCGUCCAUGGACUCUCACUGAUGCACUGCCAUCCGGCAGACUUGAUGACUCGCGUAAAUGCCCAUGAUUCGACAGUCAGCUUUACGGACUUCUCGGAACGCAACACGCAGCGCCCAGCUCAAACGGCAAGGUCGCGCACCGAUACGGUUGUGAACCUUGUUGACGAUGCGAUCAGCUUUAUCGACUCUUACCAAGGCCUGUCCGACUCCGACAGUGUCGGCUGGAAGCUUAUGGCGUUUUGGAUCACGAGCAAGUUUAGCAAGUUUCGGAGUAUGAUUGUCUCGCGCGACGUUGACGCGGCCCGGAGUAUCGGUAAGCAAGAGUUUGCUCGAAAGGACGAGGAUCUAUUGGAACUGGAAGAGCUCCGACGAGCUCAGCGCGAGCUCGAGCAUGCCCAUCCGCGGGCCCGCCACGGUCAGGAUGACACCCGCCGUGUCUACAGACAGCCCCGCACGUCAUCGAUCCUAGCUGCCGUGCUAUCUGCACUACCGCGUCAAGGUGACAAGCGCCUGUGUAUGAAGGCAACCUCGGUCGUCGGCUGCCCCGGCGACGGGAAUGGGAACUGCUUUGACAGCAAGUGCGCGCACUUUCAACCCAAGCUCCUUCCUGUAAUCGUGAAAGCCUACAUCACCGAAAAGUACAAAGGAAUCAAGCUGCAUCAAGUGUUGAUGUUCGUGAAAAAUCGCGCUCGUGUACAAGGACUCGAGAUGUUCGAGAUCUAUCAAACACUCCAACCUGGCCGAAUAUGCAUCCGCACUGCUCCUACCAGUCAUGUGGACGACAAGAUUGAUACAGACUCCGUCGAGUUCCUCACCAUGUUGGCGUAUCGGUCAAAUCUGUCGCUGCCCAUGUUCGUGCGUCUGAUACGCGGGCAGACCAAGGAGGAUGUCCUCAAACACAUCAGGAAGGGUCAGCGAGAUGGCCGCUAUCUCGUACUCAACGCGAGUGUGCUCGACUUGUGGUCUGAGAUAUUCCUCAGCCCGGUUGGAGUGGUUGACAAGGCCGUCAACGAGACACGGAUGAUUAACGACUACUCAUAUCCUGAUGGGGCAUCGGUGAACGACUUUACGGACCGCUCCAACUUCCCGCCAGUCUCCUACAACCCUCCCCGCGAUAUUGCGCGCCGGAUCCACGAUUUACGCACGGCCCAGCCUGAUGCUGACGUGUUAUUGAUGCUCGGAGACGUCUCCGGUGCCUUUCGUCACGUGCCUGUCCACGAGGAUGCCGUGCACAUGUUUGCUUUUGCCAUCGACGACUACGUAGUCAUCGAUUUGGCCUGA